UGUGUAGUGCGGAGAGCAGGUGUGUGUGUGUGUGUGUCUGUCUGUCUGAAAUGGAGCUGUGUAGUGCGGGAGAGGGAGAGCAGGUGCGCGUGCGCGAUGGCGCCUAGCGGUUCCCGCCCCCGCCCGUGAUGGAGGCCGGUUGAUACUGUGCGACUUGCGGGCAGCGCCCUUUGCAGCCGCUGGACAGUGGUGGCGGAGGCCGGAGGCCUUGUUGGGGGGCAGCUGCGUGUUGCAGGCCCGACCCCUCGGGUGCGGCAGGCCGGGUGGGCGCCCCUCUGGCCUUUGACCUUUGUGGGGGAGGGGAGGGGAGGGGAGGGGAGGUCUCGCCGCGAGAUCGCGCGAUGGUCCCGGUGGUCCCGCAGUGACCGUUGGCGGAGGCGGAGGUGCGGCGUCGUGGCCCGGCCGAGCUUCGGACAUGUCGGAGAAGCUGAGGCGAUGCAGGAAGGAGCUGACGGCGGCCAUCGACCGAGCCCUGGAGGGCGCGGGCCCCGCGCAGGAGGCCCCCGAGCCGGACGCCGCGCCGCCGCACAGGCUGCCCCGCAGGCCGCUCGCGCUGUGCCCGAGGAGAAAGCCGCUGGCCAGCCGGGAGAACCUGCCGCUCCGCCCCGCCGCCGCCGCCGCCGCCGAGAGACACUUGUGGAGAGCCGGCGACGUGAGGAAAGACGCGGAGAAAGAACUGAAGGUGGACUCGAACGGGUCACUCAGCGGUUCUAGCCAGGAGGUCACAAAGGACCUGCUUGAUAUGAUCGAUCAUACAAGCAUCCGAACUAUUGAAGAAUUGGCUGGCAAGCUGGAAUUUGAAAAUGAGUUGAACCGUGUGUGUGGUCACUGUGAUGACUCACCGUUCACGGAGGAAGACUGGGCCCUGCUGACGGAGGAGGGCCCUCAGAAGGUCUUAGAUGCCAACCCUGGCAGUUUCAAGCAGGCCUUUGAUGACCACAACAUUGUAGAGACUGUUCUGGACUUAGAAGAGGACUAUAACCUGAUGACCUCUUUUAAAUACCAAAUUGAGUAAGAGCAAUUGAUUUCAGCUUUACUCCUCAGCAGAAGGCUGGCGUUAAGGCAUCUGCAGUAGCCUGUCACCAGAGGCCACGUUUUCCGAAGACGUGGCAGAAUCUGAAUCGUCACACCCCUUUUACUUCUAGGCUUGUUCCUCUCUAAAUUGAGGACUCAGUUUUUUUUUUUUUUUGCUGCUUUGAAAUGUUUUUUCACUUCAGAUCCUGAUUUUUUCCUCCAUUUUUAAAUUUGUGGUUAAUUGUAGGUUACAGGAUUGUAAGAUUACAGUGUAUAGUUCUGCUUGAUUUUACUUUUGUUGCACUUAUUUGUUUAUUGGUGUUGACCUGAGCAUAACCAGUGCCCAGGCAGGAGUGGCUCAUGGGCCACUGCUGUGUCUCUCGGUGCUCUUUCUUCCUUGGACUGUUGAGAAAAUGCGGGGCCAUGACCAGCGUGGCCUUUGUGUGUCCCGGGACUAGCUCAUCCCGGUAAGCUCAGGUCUGCACAGGGCAGCGAGCCUCUAGGGGGCUUUGACCCGGGGCUCCACCAUCCUCAGGCCCUCUGCACACCCGGCCGACCGUUCCCCGUGUGGACCUAAGUUCUCCUUGUGACCGCUGGUCUUUCCACACCAGUUCUCGCGUCACUUCAGGGCCUGUUCAGAGGCCUCCUGUGAGUCAGGGUGUCCCUGCUUCCUUCCUGACCGGCUGACACCUGGUGCCCAUUCUCCUGAGUGGCUGAGCACACUGCAGGCCUGGGAAGCCUGGGCGUCACAUGUGAAUUCCCCGGGAAAACCUGCUAGGACGGGAUCGAGAGGUAAAGGGGGCCAGGCCUCUGUCCUCAGGUGGUCAGGAUAGCAGUAGCAAACUAGCACGGCCGUCUCCAGCCCUACGCUAGGAGAGAAGGGACAUUGUCAUAGAUGGUUUGGACAAGUGGGCUAGGAAGGGGUAUAAUAGCAGAACCUUGGACCAAAUCGUGUCUCCAGCACCGCAUAGGCCAGCGUGUUACUCUGGUGUCUCUUGUGAAAUAAAAAUAUAAAAGGCA